CGAAUCGGCAACCCUGUUGUUCAGAGCUCGUGCUCUAACCAACUGAGCUAUCCCUUAGAAUCCAAAUUCUUGGACAACUCAGAAGGCCUCUCACUAUCUGGUUCCAACUUCCCUUUCUGGUCUCAUCUCUUAUAAAACUCACCCCUCUUACCCCAAAUAGGCUUGGUCUGCUUUACCCAUACAACAUUUCCCACUCUUCCUCAAAUAAACCGUACUUUCUUCACAUAGACUGGUUUCGAAUCUUCUCUCAAUUACUUAUCAAUGGGGCUCCUUCCCCUGGGAGCUCCUUUCCUGUAUUCAGAGUCCAGCCCAUUUGUCAUCUCCUCUGAGAAGAGCCUUCCUGAGGCCUCCCAGGUAGCAGCAACCACUCUCGUGACCUUGCUCUCACAGUACUUACUCCACGUAUCUAUUACAGCACUCACCUUACUGGUUCUUCAUUUUGCUGUUAUUGUUUGGGGUACCUGCAGAGCUUAAGAUGGUGCCUGGUGUUUAGCAGUGACCAUGUCACUGAUUGGGGCGAGAAUGCACACCUGCAUAAAGUGUGCUGGGAAUACAGCCCCAGCCUCUGGGUCCUGCCUGCAGCCUCAGCCCACCCACACCCAUCCUCUGUGCAGUGCAGUGGUCCACAGUCUUCACUUUGCCAAACAAUCCUUUGGGUGCUUGGUUCACAGGCAGAUGCUCUUCCUCCAGUAAAAGAUUGACUUGGUGGUGACCAAUGCAUGCUGGAUGAACUAGAUUUAUACAGAGAAGCCCACCUUUGGGAAUGGAGUCUGGUGCUAAGGGACCCAUGUCUGCAGAAAGGACAUGUGAAUGGAAUUCAUUUAUACUCUGGGAUUUAAGUGAGAUAUGACAGGACUCUUCAUUGGACUUGAUUAAAUCUAUGCACAGGUCCAUGCUGGGGACACACAAAGACAAAUUAAAGGUGUUCCCUAAGUUGUACUCAACUUUUAGAGUCCUAAAUUAUGGGACUUCAGGGAGCCUGCUAAGCUCCUCAGAAGUGGGUGGGGUCCUCCUCCCAUAAACCCAGGGUCCCCCCUGCAGGGUUAUUUCAUGGCGUGCCUUAUCUUGGCUGGAAGGCUGGAAUGGUCUCACCAUCAGCCCAUCAGGCUGUAAGGUGGGCAAGGGCGGGGCUUGUGUUUAUGCCUUCCAGUCUUCUCAGCAUUCAGCUUAUUGUCUGUCUCCUAGUGGAUGUUUCGGAAAUCGUCGUUUAAUUAAAUUAAAUCACAUUAAACAGUCCUCCUUUCCUACCCCAGGAGGCCAAGACAUCCAGUGUGUUUGCAGAAGGAGCACUCACAUUAUCUAUAGACUGCCUGAUCAAAUGACUUGCUCGCGUCUCAAGAAGGCAGGGAGGAGGAAGCAGGGCUUGUCCCUCCAUCCCCACUACUGGACAGGCACCCUGCGGCCUUUGGUCCCUGCCGGAUAAGCCAGGGGAAGCAAUUUCAUGAAACCCAGGGGGGACUCACGAAGUCUUCAUGGAAAAGUGACGUGAUCCGUGGGAUCUGUAGGAGGAGGGGAAUCCGGGGAAAGGAAUCAGUGCGAGGAAAGGCAAGGCGGAGAAAGAAGUCAGGGUAUAAUCUGGAGCGGAAAAAGCAGAAAACUGAGGCCAGGAGACCGGGACUGACAGCUGCGGCAGAUCUUGGAGCCAGGAACAGGGGUCCGGCACUGCCCUGACGGCCCCGCCGCCCCAGGAGGGAGAGCGAGAGAGGGGCGCGCCCCCGUCCAAUCGGCUCGCAGAGGCGCGGUGUCUUGGGCCUGGGUGGGUGCUGACGUCCUCCUCUCACCCAGGGCCACUGUCCCGACCCCGCCGGCCGUGUCCGCCCAGCCCCGGGUGCGAAGCAGGAGACCCGAGGGGGAUGAGUAACUCUUGGCUGCGGGCCGGCGCGGACGGGCGGGAGCGCGCCAAGUUGUGAGUGGUACGCACUCGGCCCGGAGGCCUGGGGUCGUGUCCGCGGCCGGGCGGGGCAGCCGCACCCAGGGCGAUAAAAAGGCCGCGCGGCGCCGGGCAGUCUUUUCUGCGCCCGGCUGCAGCGCUCCUCGCGGGCGGGCACCGGAGCGGACCGACAGGGGUAGGACGCCCGGGAUCUCAGAGACCUCCGGGCGGUGGGGAUGGCGGCGUGCGCGCCCGCGGCCAGGCCCAGCCUGACCUCCAUCUCGUCUGGGGAGCUGCGCAGCCUAUGGACGUGCGACUGCGAGCUGGCCAUGCUGCCGGUGGCCCAGCUGCUGCGCCUGCUGCCCAGCGCCCUCCAGUUGCGCGGCGACGUGGUCGCGGUGCCCGGCCCCGGUGAGACCGCGGCCGCGCGCGGGGGCUUCAACGUCUUCGGCGACGGCCUCGUACGCCUCGACGGGCAGCUCUGCCACCUCGGCGGCUACAUCAAGAGAUUUGUGGAACUAACCAACUACUGCGAUUAUAAAGACUACAGGGAAACUGUAUUGAGCAAACCAAUGCUGUUCUUUGUUAAUGUACUGACCAGAACGGACACCUCAGAAGAAAGAACAUACGCAUUUCUCGUGAACACAAGGCAUCCCAAGAUAAGAAGGCAAAUAGAGCAAGGGAUGGACAUGGUCAUUUCCUCAGUGAUUGGAGAAAGCUACCGGCUUCAGUUUGAUUUUCAAGAGGCAGUAAAGAGUUUUUUCCCUCCGGGAUGUGAGGUGCUUAAUGGAGAAAAUUUGAGCUUUGCCUAUGAAUUCAAAGCCGAUGCGUUAUUUGAUUUCUUCUAUUGGUUUGGGCUCAGCAAUUCCACUGUAAAGGUGAAUGGAAAGGUUCUGAAUUUGUCAAGUACAAGUCCAGAAAAGAAGGAGACAAUUAAAUUAUUCCUGGAAAAGAUGAGUGAACCUUUAAUCCGAAGGAGCAGUUUCUCUGACCGAAAAUUCAGCGUAACUUCCAGAGGUUCAAUAGAUGAAGUUUUUAACUGCAAUCUGUCACCCAGAUCAUCUUUGACGGAGCCUCUUUUGGCAGAAUUACCGUUUCCAAGUGUUCUGGAAUCUGAUGAGACACCCAGCCAAUCUCUCUGAUUGGACUGAAUGUUUUGCGGUUCCUCCUACAUGCCAGGCCUGAGCCAGAACUGAAGGUUGAGGGGACCCGGAAGAGGUGGGAAGCAGGCCCUUCUACCCACGGGUCCCCCUCUGCCCCUCGGAGCCUCCGGUCUCCCCUUUCCAUAAGUGCCACCCUGGCAGGCCAGAUGCGGCUGACUUCAAGGUGGGAGGCCUCUGGCCCCAUGGGCGGGGACACCCUCUCCUUUGAACUCUUCUCCAAAGAGGCAGAGGGAGCGGUGGGGUCCUGCCACCCUGAGUGCUUUGCUCAGGACCUGGGCACCCUGGGAGUUCCCCUGGCAGCCAGAGCAGUCCAUUCUGGGUGUUGACCCAUGAUGCUUCAUAACUGAGGGUUUAGCCCUCUGCUUGGGACACCUUCGUCUGAACCCAGAUCCAGCCAGUAUGGGGCUAGCUGUGCUGCCCUUUUGCAAGCUUGGCUGAGCCAAAAGGCUGGAAGGCAAGUAUGUUUCUCAUCCUGCCUGUAGGAUACCUUAGGAGAACCACUGGAGGUAAGGUGUGCUGGCACCUGACUAGGCGGAUAGCAUGGUAACCCCACCACCCACUGCCUAAAAUUUGAACUCCUGUGGCCUCCCUCUUAACAAAGUGGCCUGUGUAGAAAAGGCCAGGCAAUGUGGUACCAAACAGUGACAGGGGAAGGCUAAUGCAUACAGCAGUGUCCUCUUUAUUGAAAGCACAUUAUGUCAGUUGGAUAUUUUAAAUAAGCUUUUAGCAAUCCUAACACUAAAAGAAAGCUAUAACAUUACCAUAAUACAUUGUUACAUCAAUGCAUUUCUCGUCUCAUAGCUACAAUGGAAUUCUUCAAAAAGAAAAAAAAAUCAUCCUAUCUACAUAUAAAAACCUGCAUGAAUGAAUCACUACAUAUGCUUAGAAUGAAGAAUAAUUAAGGGUUCUGAGUAUAAUUUUUCUAUCCUUUAUUAAAAAACGUCCCUGUAUUUUGAUGGCACUACUAAUUGUCCUUUCUUUCAUAUUUGAAAUGUUAUGUACUAUCUUUGUGCAAUUAAAACUGUUAUCAUUCAACAUAAAGUUGAUUAAAUUUGUGACUAAG